GUAAUAUCUGGUCACUUUCUGUGUGAUCGAAAAGUAGGCACCUAUGUAGAAGUGGAAAUGUACGGUCUUCCAACUGAUACAAUUCGAAAAGAGCAUCGAACUCGAACCGUGCCAGCCAAUGCGCUCAAUCCGGUCUAUAAUAGUGAUCCCUUCGUCUUUCGAAAGGUAGUAUUGCCCGAAUUAGCGGUACUUCGUUUUGCGGUUUACGAUGAGAACGGCAAGCAGUUGGGACAACGUAUAUUACCUUUGGAUGGUCUGCAGGCUGGUUAUCGUCAUAUCACGCUUCGAACAGAAUCCAACCUGACAAUGAUUUUGUCUGCGUUAUUCGUGCAUAUCGUUAUCAAAACUUAUGUGCCAGAUGAAUUGAGUGAAGGCAGUCCAUAA